AUGAAGGUCCGAGGAACUCUGCUAGUGAUCGUUACUGCAGUGGCUGCGGCUCCACAGUUUCAGCUUGAGAACAGUAACAGGGCAACCCCAUAUGAGUUUGGUUACGGCGUGAGUCAGCCUGAGACCGGUGAUUCAAAGGAACAUAGGCAGUUUCUAUCUCCCUCAGGAAAAGUGGGAGGAGAGUAUCGGUGGCUUCAACCUAAUGGAUUAUACAGAGUAACAAGGUAUCAUAUAGAUGAUGCAGGUGGCUACCAUGCUACAGUGUCUGAGGAAGAUGGCAAUCAGGUGUCUAAUUACUACUUCAAUGCUGUAGAUUACUCCUCAGCCUCGCAGCCCCUAGAUGCAGCAUUAAAUUCAAGAACCCAGCAAGGUCUAAACAGUGUGCAAUCGGCAAGGAGUAAUACAAAGGACUUCGGUGUCUCUCAGCCAAACAGGAACCAACAGGACUUUGAUGUCUCUCAGUCAUCCAGGAACCAAGAAGACUUUGGUGUCUCUCAGUCAUCUAGGAACCAACAGGACUUCAGUAUCUCUCAGCCAAACAGGAACCAACAGGAGUUUGGUGUCUCUCAGUCAUCCAGGAACCAACAGGACUUCAGUGUCUCUCAGUCAUCCAAGAACCAACAGGACUUCAGUAUCUCUCAGCCAAACAGGAACCAACAGGACUUCGGUGUCUCUCAGUCAUCCAGGAACCAACAGGACUUCGGUGUCUCUCAGUCAUCCAGGAACCAACAGGACUUCGAUGUCUCUCAGCCAAACACGAACCAACAGGAGUUCGGUGCCUCUCAGUCAUCCAGGAACCAACAGGACUUCGGUGUCUCUCAGUCAUCCAGGAACCAACAGGACUUCGGUGUCUCUCAGCCAAACACGAACCAACAGGAGUUCGGUGUCUCUCAGUCAUCAAGGAACCAACAGGACUUCGGUGUCUCUCAGUCAUCCAGAAACCAACAGGACUUCAGUGUCCCUCAGUCAUCCAGGAACCAACAGGACUUUGGUGUCUCUCAGUCAUCCAGGAACCAACAGGACUUCGGUGUCUCUCAAUCAUCCAGGAACCAACAGGACUUCAGUGUCUCCCAGACAUCCAGGAACCAACAGGACUUCAGUGUCUCUCAGUCAUCCAGGAACCAACAGGACUUCGGUGCCUCCCAGUCAUCCAGGAACCAACAGGACUUCGGUGUCUCUCAGUCAUCCAGGAACCAACAGGACUUCGGUGCCUCCCAGUCAUCCAGGAACCAACAGGAGUUCGGUGUCUCUCAGUCAUCCAGGAACCAACAGGACUUCGGUGCCUCCCAGUCAUCCAGGAACCAACAGGACUUCGGUGCCUCCCAGUCAUCCAGGAACCAACAGGACUUCAGUGUCUCUCAAUCAUCCAGGAACCAACAGGAGUUCGGUGUCUCUCAGUCAUCCAGGAACCAACAGGACUUCGGUGCCUCCCAGUCAUCCAGGAACCAACAGGACUUCGGUGUCUCUCAGUCAUCCAGGAACCAACAGGAGUUCGGUGUCUCUCAGUCAUCCAGGAACCAACAGGACUUCAGUGUCUCUCAGUCAUCCAGGAACCAACAGGACUUCGGUGUCACUCAAUCAUCCAGGAACCAACAGGACUUCGGUGUCUCUCAGUCAUCCAGGAACCAACAGGACUUCGGUGUCUCUCAGUCAUCCAGGAACCAACAGGACAUCAGUGUCUCUCAGUCAUCCAGGAACCAAGAAGACUUUGGUGUCUCUCAGUCAUCCAGGAAUCAACAGGACUUCAGUGUCUCUCAGUCAUCUAGGAACCAACAGGACUUCAGUGUCUCUCAGCCAAACACGAACCAACAGGACUUCGGUGUCUCCCAGUCAUCAAGGAACCAACAGAACUUCGGUGCCUCCCAGUCAUCCAGGAACCAACAGGUCUUUGGUGUCUCUCAAUCAUCCAGGAACCAACAGGACUUCAGUGUCUCCCAGUCAUCCAGGAACCAACAGGACUUUGAUGUUUCUCAGUCAUCCAGGAACCAACAGGACUUUGAUGUUUCUCAGUCAUCCAGGAACCAACAGGACUUCGGUGUCUCCCAGUCAUCCAGGAACCAACAGGAAUAG